AUGACCACCACUGUCCAGCGCGAGUUCAAUGAGGCUCCCAAGCUGGAUGCCAAAGCCACUGUCCACGCCAUUCCUCCUUGUGUUGUCCACGAUACCCCCGUCCUCGAUGUUCUGGAUGAGUCAAAGACUUAUGGCGACUUCCGCGACGACCUUGCUCGUGACGGUUUCUGUGUAGUCAAGGAUGUUGUCGAGAAGGAAAAGGCACUCGCUUACGCAAACGACAUCAAGACAUGGCUUGAGGGCUUCGGUCUCGGAUACAAGCGUGACGACCCUUCUACCAUCCGUGAGGAGUGCUUGCCAAUCAUUCACCAGAAGGGUCUCCUUCAAGCAUAUGGAGCAACCCACGAAUCUUUCACAUGGGCUGUUCGUUCAGAGCCCGCCGUUAUUGAUGUCUUCGCCACCCUCUACCAAGACAAGGAUUUGAUCUGCUCAUUCGAUGCCGUCAAUGUGUCUCUCGCCAACCGUCAAGAUCUUCCCGCCAAUGCUGCCUGGCCUCACCAAGAUCAAGACCCGGAGCGUGGUGGUCUGCGCUGUGUACAAGGUUUCGUCAAUCUAUUGCCCAAUGGUCCCGAGGAUGGUGGCCUUCUGGUCUUGAAGGGAGGUCACAAGGUCAGUGAGGAGUAUCACAACGUUUUCAGGAACGAACACCGUGAAUUCAGAUGGACAAAUGAGAUGUACCUGUUCAAGGAGACUGGUCUCAAGUGGUUGGCCGACAGGGGUUACGAAUGGGUCAAGGUCAACGCUGAGCCUGGUGAUCUCGUUCUUUGGGACUCUCGCUGCCCUCACUACAACGCUUCUCCUACCAGAGACAUUGACAGAUUCGUCGUCUACGUCUGCAUGCUUCCCGUUUCAACAGCAACCCAAGAAGAUCUGAUCCGCAAGAAGGCACUUUUCGAGGCACAGGACGGUCACAGCCAUUGGCCCAUGGCUCUCCAGCCCUUCAUCAAGGCCUUCUUGGAGCCCAUGCGUGAUGGCAAGCCCGACCCUCACAACACAUGGAAGCCUCGCAAAGCACCGGAGCUCAGCGAAGCAGGAUACAAGUUGACUGGUAUCCCUUUCAUCAAGGCUUGAAUUUGAAAUUGUGAUUCGGAGCAUAUUUCGUCUUUUUUCAUGUCCAUAUAUCCAC